AUGGGACGCACAGCAGGUAAUGCGGCUAGCGGCUUGAUCAAUGCUGCUGCUCUUGGAUUUGGAGGUUAUGGUUUAUACUACACCAUCAAAUACAUCGAACUUCCUCCAUAUUUGGCCACCGCUGGUAGAUGGCAGUUUCUCACAAACCUCUCUCUUGUGAUCUCACUUGUGGUUUUCGCCUUGGGUGCCGUUGCUCAUGCUGUCAAAUCCACUCAAUUGUUUCAGAUUAAAAAUGCCUUGCAUCCGGUGGCUUUAGUUCUCGAGCUCGUGGUGACAUUAGUUUAUUGGCCUUUGAGAAUUGUGUUCAUUCGGCUUCUCGUGAGCGAUCCGAGCCGAAAAUUCAUACCAAUGUUCGUCGAUAUAUGUCUCCACUUGGUUCCUGGGGUAGCACUAGUGAUUGAUUUUUUCUGCUUCAUGCCUCGUUUGACGGUUAACAAUCGAGACUCCUUUGGUGUGUGUAUGCUCCUUACAUUUAUGUAUUGGGCAUGGCUCAAGCGUUUGAUUGAUGUCGAGGGAGGAGGACAGUAUCCUUACAAUUUCCUUAAUGUUGAUGCAGAACUGACUAGGGUGAUCAUAUUUGUUAUUGUCGGAGUAACCGGGUAUGGAGCUUUUCUUCUCUUGCGUCGCCUAUACGACGUUUUGGUGGAGGCCGAGGCUGAGGAGUACGCUGGGUCUAAAAAAGAAGACUAG